AAAACACUAAAAAUUUGGUAUCGACGUCACAAGUUUCAAGUUUACUAGGUGAACGGGUUGAAGGAGUAGUUGGCGUCAGAAGUUGGCUUCUAAAACCUUAUCAUCGGCUUCUAAAACCCUCUGGUUUGAUUCGCAGCUUAGGAUGGAAAACGUUGUGUUCUACCAAACGGAUUGCGAGACCCUUUGGUCUCAGAUUAAAUGCAAAGAGAAGCAGAUUCAACUCAAACGGAGCAGGUGGUUGUUGGGUCUUCCUCUUUCUGAAUCUGAGCACAACCUGUUUCAAAGUCCUGACCUUGAACGAGAUUCAUUGCCGGAAUCUUUGCUCAGGGAAGAUGAUCUGUUCUAUGAGACUGCAAAGUCUUCUGUUCAAGCAGCCUUUGGAGCAUGCAAUGUUGAAGCAGGGAAGCAAGAUAAUAUUCUAAUGCUCGACAGAAGAAGUAUAUCCACAGCCUUGUCAUCGCCAUGUCUUGAUGAUUUGACUACUAAGGGGCUUCACCUUAUAGCUACCACACUUGCAGCAGGUUCAGUCAAGUUUGAGAACACUCGUUGCGAGAUGAAGAAGUUUAUCAGAGAAUCUCUGCAAAAAAAAUUUAGAAGCCAAAAUAAUCAUGACGAUGAGUUGGGCAUUUUUAAGCAACUAUCUCAACAUCUUAGUGACCCACAAAAUUUCCGAGAUAAGGUUGUUACAGUUCUUUCCAGAUCACAGUCUCAACGUCUUGCUGUUAGAAAGGUACUGGAUGGACUUGAGGGCUUGCCUUCUGAGACCCUAUUUGCAAUGAGCAGAAAGCUUAAAGGAGUACAACAUUUACCUCAGUUACAUCAAAAGAAAAAUACAUUGUACAAAAAGACUUUGAUUGAUCAAUUGCGGAAAACUUGUGACACGAUGCUUUCCGAACUUGGUACAGGAGAUGAACUGCAGGAAUCACUAGCCAAAGCCAUGGCAGUAGCAGGCCUAUCAGUGAAGUUACAACCAGGUCUCCAUAAUUCGACUGUAACAGAAUUUCGCCGAUUUUCAAAAGAGGUGAAGUUACAUCCAGGUCUCCAUAAUUCGACUGUAACAGAAUUUCGCCGAUUUUCACAAGAGAUGAAGAUACUGCAGGAUGAUAUUGCAAGGGCUAUUUGGCUAGUUGAAAAAAAGGUUAGCUUGCUAGAGCUCGAAAAGUUGAAGACUAUAUUAGGCCGAGAUGCUGAAGUAUCAAACAGGAGCUUACGAUAUGCAAUUAAGAAAAUGCUAACUGAAUAUCUCUUCGAGUGUGGUGAUAUGGAUACAAUUCCGAAGUCAUUAUUGGAAGCUCUUGAUAUUAUCAACAUGUCACGAAACAAGCUGCAUAGACUCUUCUUAAAGGAUGAAAUUGAAGAAGAGGUGGAAUGUAUAUUGAAUGUGAGUGCUCAGGCAAAGCAGAUUGUAUGGGAUAUGUUCCCUGACCAUGAGUUAGAUCUAGACUUUGCUGAGGCAUAUGUUGAGGAAAUGGAGGAUGAAGAUGAUGAUGAUGAUGACGAUGACGAGGAUGAUGGUGAUGAUAGGUCUAGCAAUGAUGAUAACAACCAUAAUCAUGGUUCGCCACAGGAACAAGGAAUAUCUGGAAGUGACAGAUCUCACUCUGAUGAUUCACAUUAUGAGGAUGAAAGCACUGGGGAAACAAUGUUCUCCAAUCAAGGAACUUCUCAUGAUUUCAAUGGUAUUAGACGAGGGUUUCCUGGGACUUCUACUGAGAGACAUGAACCUGAACAUGACACUGGAAUGGAUACAGAUGACCCUUUGCAUGUCGAGCCAGAUGAUGUGCAUAAACAAACCACUUGUAACCAAUACCUUGCAAUUCAAGAAGUGUCUGAUAAGACAAGCAUGAUAGCCCAUGAUCUUGUUGGUCAUAUGUUGGAGGAGUUUGCACAGAAAGAUGGCUUGGAUUUGGACUGGGAUGAUACAUUAUAUCUGAAAGGUGAUUGUGCAACUCGAGAAGAUUCAGGAGUGGUAGAAGAAAGGCAGACAUUGUCUCAGGAGAACAGAGGCGGUUCUGUAAUUGUUAGUGUAAUUGAGGAUCUAAUACCUUCAUUUCCAAAGAGUGGAAUCGAAGCAUUAAGGAACUUGGUGGGCAAAUAACAGUAUCAGGCAACGUUCAUGCUUCUUACUGUGUUUCUCUUUCCUGUGAUUGGAACCAGGGUCUUUUACAAGAUGAGUGGAACUACUACGUGAAUUACUCAUUGAGUCUUAGGAAAUGUGAAUCUUGUCCGCACAGGAAACCAUACUUCGAUGUAAUUGCUUCACUAAAUGCCUUUCUUUUUCAAAUGCAUUAUGCUUCCCAAACAUGUGGAUUUGGAAGUCAGUAAUACAGCGGCUGUUAUUACCUCA